AUGCUCCCAUUCUUGACGCUGACCUGGCUGGUCUCGACUCAUACGGCGGCCGGAGCCGUCACUGCCCGUCAGAAUGUCGGCUGCGGUUUUCAUCUCUCGACUGGCGGAGCCGUCACUGGCCCUAUUGGCCAGCUGAACAACGGACAGGCACGAGAGGGAAGCUCCAUGAUCCCGUCUCUGAUGACCUGGUUUGGAGACGCCUUUGUGGAUCAACAGAGCCGCGGAUGCUGGUGGACUCCCCCCGCGUAUCUCCUCCAGUGCGAUCUGAAUCAAGAGCCAGAUCACGGGUUCCAGAUCGGCUGCAACGGCGAAUUGUCGUACAAUGGCCAGACAACCUUCUACGAGUGUGCUACGGGCGACGGCGAUCAGGCUCUGGCCCUUCACAGUCCGCACCCGGCUCUGGACCAUCUCAGUCUGCACCAGCAGGUGGCUCUGGCUCCGGCCCUUCACAGACAGCACCCGCAGGUGGCUCUGGCUCCGGCCCUUCACAGUCUGCACCCGCAGGUGGUUCUGGGCCAUCUCAGUCAGCACCCGGCUCUGGACCCUCUCCGUCAGCACCGGCGGGUGGCUCUGGCUCUGGCUCUGGCCCUUCGCAGUCUACACCUGCAGGUGGCGCUGGCUUUGGACCUUCUCAGUCAGCACCCGGCUCUGGUUCUGGCCCUUCACAGUCUGCACCCGGCUCUGGACCCUCUCCGUCCGCACCUGGCUCUGGCGCUGGCCCUUCACAGUCUACACCUGCAAGUGGCGCUGGCUUUGGACCUUCACAGUCUGCACCCGGCUCUGGACCCUCUCCGUCCGCACCUGGCUCUGGCGCUGGCCCUUCACAGUCAGCACCCGGCUCUGGACCCUCUCCGUCAGCACCGGCGGGUGGCUCUGGCUCUGGCUCUGGCCCUUCGCAGUCAGCACCCGGCUCUGGACCCUCUCCGUCCGCACCUGGCUCUGGCGCUGGCCCUUCACAGUCUACACCUGCAGUCUGCACCCGGCUCCGGCUCCGGCCCCUCACAAUCCGCACCCGGCUCUUCACAGCCCACGCCCACUUCGUCCCAGUCAACGCCUAGCUCUUCGCAGUCGACGCCCAGCGCUUCCUGCGAGGUAAUCGGGCCUGACGCGAUCUACCUUACUGACAAAGGAAACAAGGACACGUCGUACGGUACCAACAGUGCAAGGUAUAUCCAAAUUUCACCCAACGCCUCGACGAUCUUCAACUUCCGCUUCGAAGACUCUGAUCUAGGCAAGACAUGCGAGAUGUUCUUCACAAUCACGCCGGGAACUAAGUACUACCUGACGGGCACAAGUAUGGUCAGCUUCGAUGCACUCGACGGCUGGGCCAAUGCCGACACGACCUACAACAACCAGCCCCACGAUCUGUGGCCCCUCGCCGAUGUGUCCCUCCGCUCGGGAGUUUAUCAAACGUUUGGCAGGUUCGAGUGCCCUGGCUCUACAGCCGACACCAGCAUUGCCAUGUCGGAGGCACCGAUGGCUGAUACAUGCUUUGGAUGCCAGCAGGGCCCUGUUGGCGGCGCUGAAAUUGGGCUGUAUAUGAAAAAAUGUGGUUAA